AAUGGAAUGUGGUGCGAGCUCUACACUGGCAGUAGUAUAGCUUGUAGGAGCUUCGCGCGAGGUGAGCUAGGGUUUUGUGGAUGUGGAUCCGGGAGCGACGCGAUGGCGCUAGAGGUGUGACGCAGAUCUAAGGGGGUUUAUAGGGUUUUAGCAGCGAUGGAGUGGACGGCGAGGCAGUAUCUGGAGGUCCAGGGAGCCCAGAGCGAUGGAGCUCGGCCACAGUGCGGAGCAUUUCAUCACUCGCAGGCGCUCUUCGCGGCUGCGGUCGGGCAACACAUCACUGAGUUUGAUGCUCUCACGGGCUGUAAGCUCUCGAGCAUCAAUAUUGGAGCUUCCGUCGUGCGUAUGGCAUAUAGUCCUGCUGGCGGGCAUGUAAUUGUCGCUGUUCUAGAGGAUUGGAGCAUUAAGUCGUGGGAUCUAGAUACCGAGCAUACGCAUUUUCUUUAUUCUCCAGCCAAGAAAACAGACAGGAUCUCAGAAGGGAUGGAGAUACACAUUGCUCUGACACCACUUCGACCGUGGCUGUUCUUUGGAACGUAUCGGCGUUCAAGUGUAAAUGUUGUGGGGACUAUAGAAGGUGCCAAACCAGCGACCAUUAUUAAGACGGAUCUGAAAAAGCCAGUCACUGGCCUUGCUUGCCAUCCAAGAAGUCCUCUUCUGUUCGUUGCGUAUGCCGAAGGGCUUAUUCGGGCAUAUCACAUACAGUCUUUCACCGUGCAGUAUACCUUGCAAAUUGAUACGUCAAUAAAACUAGUUGGAGCAGGAGCGUUUGCGUUUCAUCCGACUUUAGAAUGGGUUUUUGUUGGCGACAGAAGCGGCACACUAAUAGCAUGGGACGUCUCAGUUCCAACACAACCCAGUAUGAUCGGGAUCACUCAAGCGGGUUCAAAUCCAAUUUCAGCUCUUUCCUGGCAUUCUAUGUUGCGGUUACUUGUGACUCUUUCAAGGGAUGGCAUGGUGCAGGUGUGGAGGACGAGGGUCAUUCUAAAUUCGAAUAAGCCUCCCAUGCGUGCGAACUUCUUCGAGUCUGCAGGCGUUGAAAGUUUGGAUGUUGCUAAGGUUCUGGCUCAAUGUAGUGGCGACACUAUAUACCCUGUCCCGAAGAUUACUGAUUUUCUCCUACAUCCGAAGCUGAAUUUGGCAACAAUAUUGUUUCCGAGCAACAGUAGGAAAGAGGAAGCGAGAAGAAGAGCAUCAGCUGUGUCGAGAGAAGCUAGGAAGCAGCUAUUCUCUGUGCUACAAAGUGCUAGGGGCUCUCCAGGAUCGGUCUUGAAGGAAAAACUUGCACUUUUGGGCUCGACUGGCAUUCUACCCGAUUAUCAGCUGCAGAUGCAAUUACAGCAGGCGAGAGGCCAGCAAGGCCUGACAAUGUCGGACCUUGCGCGAAAGGCAUUUUUGUAUGGAAAACAUGGAGGGGAGCCAAGAGACACUACUUCAUUUAGACUACCGCUUUUAUCCAUUGCAGAUCCGAGUCAUCACUUGCGUGAUCUCCCUGUUUGCCAGCCAUUGCAACAAGACCUUGGGUUCUUUACCUCUGAACAAGGCAUAUUCAAUUAUCCUGUCCGUGCUUUUUUCAUGGACGGUUGUAACCUUUCUGCUUACAAUCUUGCAUCUGGAGACUAUAAUAUCUACAAAAAGCUUUCUCCGACCGCACUUGGAGGUCAAGAACGGUCGCCUACUCACAUGCUAUAUAGUUCUCGACAGCAUCUUUUUCUUAUAUUCUUUGAGUGCCGAGGAGCCAUUGGCGAAAUCGUUAUCUAUCGGGAAUCCUUAACUGCUGAAGCUGUUGGUGAACGUUUGAACACUAUAACAGGCCGCGAUGGUGCUUUUCUGGGAUUUAAGGAGGACAAGUAUGCAAUUCUUGAUGAAGACGGGGUUGGAUUGACUCUUUAUCCUCUUGAAGACGAAGUUAAAUCAGCCACAUCCAAUGGCGAUACAAAUGGUGCUUUAGACGCCAGUACAUUUUCAGAACUUCAUGCAAAGGCUCAAACGUACGAGAACGGACAGAAAGGCUUGAUACAGUUUGUGUUUGAUAGUCCCGUGCAACGCAUAUAUUCUACUCCCUUAGAUUCUCUGUUAAUGUAUGUCUCCUCUGGGAGUCAUAUAGGACUGACACGAAUAUUUUCAAGUGGUUAUGGAGCCAGCGGCGACAUGUUUGAGCUUUCUACGAAACAAGAAGACGGUCGCUUCUUGAAAAUCAGGCAAUUUGAAACGGUUUUGCAGGUUCGUUGGCAGGAAACCAUGGUUGGUCAGUUUGCUGGAAUUCUUACGACUGAGAGAGUCAUGAUCGUCUCUCAAAAUCUUGAAGUCAUCAAUUCUACGUCUGCAACAUUUGACAAGGGAUUCCCUCCAUUCAGAUCUCUAGUAUGGGUUGGACCGGCAUUACUGUUUUCAACUCCGACGACCGUCGCUGUACUUGGGUGGGAUGGACCCGCGUGUGCAGUCACGACGCUAGCAGCGCCAAAUUCGGUGCUUGUUGGGACGCUGAACGAUCGCCUCUUACUGGUCUGCCACAAUGAUCCAAGUCCAAGACAAAAGCAACUUGUCGAAAUAAAGACCCGUUUAGCAGGUCUUUUGGAGCCACUCCUGAUCGGAUGGACAACACUUCAAGUCAAACUUCAGCCUAAACUUGAUCUGUCCGAAAUCCUGUUUAGACUGACGUCGAGGUUUGAUAGUCUUCGGGUCACACCGAGGUCACUUGAUGCACUUGCACGGGUUCCAUCCGUCUGUGGAGAGCUCGCUGUUGAACUUUCACAAGCAGGGCCACAGUUUACUCAGGAAUUGCGAUGCAAGUAUGCAGUAGUCGCUCGCCGGUUUCAAACUGCUCUUUCCAUUUUGAAAGAUGAGUUUCUUCGAUCUCGAGAUUAUCCUCGUUGCCCUCGAACUUCACGCUUGUUCCACAGAUUCCAAGAGCUUGGAAGAGAAUGCAUUAAGUUUGGUCAAUUCGACCAAGCGAAAGAAGUAUAUGAAGCCGUCUCAGAUUAUGAGAGCAUGCUGGAUUUAUUUAUAUGUCACUUGAAUCCCAGCGCUCUAAGAAGGCUAGUCCAAAAGUUAGAGGAAACAGGCGUCGAGCCAGAGCUGAAGCGGUUAUCAGAAAAAAUACUUAUUGUCCGAUCUUCGGGAUGGGGACAAGGUGGUGUUUUCGCAAACUUUGCUGCUGAAAGUCUUGCUCCCAAGGGCCCAGAAUGGGCUGGAGGUAACUGGCAAAUCAAAACGUUCCCUGAAGUGAAGAGUUCUCGGGAAUGGGAACUGUCUGGAGAAGUAACUGCGUACAUGAAGACUCCUAGUGGACCUAUUCCUACGCUUAUUCCGGAUCACAUUGGAGUUUACUUUGGUACGUUAAAGGGUCGGGGCUCCGUUGUGGAAGUACGUGACGAUGCGUUAGUGAGAAGACUUACAAACGGGGAAGCUGACAUCGAGAAACCGGCACCAGCUCUGGCAUUACCUUCAACAGAGUCUAAAGCUGCCGAAGACAGUUUAUUGAACAAGAUCAGAGCUGCAAAGAAAGACGACGGGAUUGUUGACGAACAAGCAAAGGCCGCAGAAGAGUUCAAGAAAGGAUUGUACGGUGUCGAUGGUAGCAGCAGCGAAGAGGAUGAAACAUCUACCACGAAGAAAAAGAUCAGAAUUAAAAUCCGAGACAAGCCGGCUACUACUACUGUGGACGUGGAUAAAGUGAAGGAAGCUACGAAGCAGUUCAAGCUGGCAGACACCUUACCACCACGUACAAGGCGUGCUUCAGGAGGCUCACAGGGCAGUUUUGGCAGUAGUGGGGGAAUUCAAGACAUUCCGAUCCAAACUACGACAACUCAAACCAACACCGAGGUGUUCCCUGUGAUAAUGGGAAUGGGUGUAUCAGCUGCCAGCGGACCAAUUCCAGAAGACUUCUUUCACGCGAAUGGAACAGGUCAAGGCAGUGGUGCUGCGCAGCCUCUCACUGUCAAUAUCACUCCGGAUGGUCUCACACCAGGACUUUGGACUUCAAAUGUUCCUCAAGUCCAAAAUAUGGCCGGUGCACCAGCAGGCAUAGUGGGCGGUCCUGGCAUUAUGUCGAAUGGCGUUCCUCCUCAAGCUGAUAUUUCCUUACCGGAUGGUGGUAUUCCUCCUCAAAGCGGCGAUCUUUCCUUACCGGAUGGUGGUGUCCCUCCGCAAGCUGCUCCUCAGACUGAAAAGACCAGCACUGCUCCUGUUAAUGUUAACUUUGAGUCUUCGAUGCCUGCAGCUGCUCUAGGAGUUAAAGCUCCUUCACCUCCACGACAAUGGAAGCCAGGCCAAGUGCCGCGUGGAGCUUCUGCAUCAACGUGCUUCAAAGCUGCCGUUGCACAUCUGGAACAGAAUCAGCUUUCUGAUGCCAUGUCGUGCUUGGAUGAAUCUUUCCUCGCGCUUGCUAAAGAUCGAUCUCUCGGAGUCGACGUCAAGGCUCAAGCUAAAAUCUGUUCUCAGUACAAAGUUGCUGUUCUACUUUUGCAGGAAAUUGCCAAGCUGUUAAAGGUCGACGGAACAGCGGCUGUUGGCGCGAAAGACGAAAUCGCCCGACUGGCAAGACACCUGAGCACAUUACCAUUGCAAGCGAAACAUCGGAUCACUUGCAUACGGACAGCUAUCAAGAGAAACAUGGACGUGCAAAACUACGCUUUUGCAAAAUCACAGCUGGACUUGCUACUUUCGAAGGCCCCUCCCAACAAGCAGGAAGAACUGAGAUCACUCAUUGCUGUUUGCACCCAGAGAGGAUUAUUCGACAGAACAAUAGAGGACACAGAAGAUCCCGCACAGUUCUGCUCUGCAACACUGGGACGACUGCCAACCAUAGGCCACGACUCUUGCGAUCUUUGUAGCGCUAAGUUUUCGGCCCUGACGUCUCCAGGAUGCACCAUCUGCGGCAUGGGUACCAUCAGACGAUCAGAUGGUGUUGGAGCUCCUGUUUCAUCACCUUUUUCUUAAGUCGUACUUGGAAGCUCCAAAUUUUGGCGUGAAAAGGCUGACGUGAGGACUUAGUACCGGGAGGAGGACUUAGUAGCGUGACCAGACCUUACGAGCAACAGAAUUUUCAUCUUCCAGGAAACUUACUCCAUUUUGUGAGAGUGUUUGUACAAUGCGUAGGACGAGUGAGUUUUGCUGUAUUCUUUUCGUUGUGAUUAUUCAUUUUUAUCGGCCUCA